AUGGACGCGCGGGAUGAGGAACCUGUGAUACUACAGAAGGAGCAAGAUGAAAGUCAUCUGGCUGAGAAGGUGGAUGCCAUCCGGCGAGCAUGCGACUUGGGAGACCUGGACGCAUUGGUUUCACAUGCGAGAUCAGAAGGUGGUUUCCUCCGGGACGACCUGCGCCAGCUAGCAUGGCCAAUUCUCCUACGGUGCCAGCAAGCCAGACGAGACGAUGAUAAAGAUUGGAACGAGUUGCCACGGCAUGCAGAUGAAGACCAGGUUCAGCUGGACGUGCACAGGUCAUUUGUCUACUACCCUAGCGGCACCGAUGAAGAGUUGUCCAAAAAGAAAGACGAACUAUCAAAUGUGAUCACGAACGUGCUACGGAACUAUCCAUAUCUUUGCUAUUUCCAGGGAUACCAUGACAUUGUACAAGUUUUGCUCCUGGUACUGGGAGAAAAGCAAGCAGCACCAGCGGUUACUCAAAUUUCUCUCUUUCGGAUACGAGACUACAUGCUUCCAUCGCUCAAACCGUCUUUGAAACACCUGCAGAUUAUUCCAGCAAUCAUUGAACGAGCGGACCCAGGCUUGCGACAGCAUCUCUCGGACGUCAGGCCAUUCUUCGCCCUCGCGGCUACGCUUACAUUAUAUGCGCACGACAUCCAAGAGUACAGCGAUAUCGCCCGUCUCUUCGACUUCCUCCUCGCACAUGAACCUGUCGUUCCGAUCUACCUUUUCGCAGCGAUCAUCCUCUCCCGUAAAAAGGAACUGCUAGAGAUUCCGGUGGACGAGCCGGAGAUGAUGCAUUUCACUCUUUCCAAACUUCCAAGUCCAUUAGACCUUGACGGUCUGAUCCAGAGCGCUGUACAGCUCUUUAAUGACUAUCCACCCGAGUCAUUGCCUUUUGGAGUCUGGAAGCAAAUUCCGGCAUGCAGUGUGCUGAAGAGCUCUCGGGAUCCUUUCCGGGAGCAGACAGCAAAGAAUGCGGUAAAGCUAUUUGACCAGCAAACACGGCAACUUCGCAACGAUGAACUGAGAAAGAAAGCACUUGGGCUCUUGUGGACACACAGAAAGGCGAUUGGCUCUGUUGUCGUCGCCGUCUUCGUUGGUGCCGUGUCUAUUUGGAUACGGAAGAAGGGAUUCGACGCAUCAAUCUGGUCGUACAUGGGUAACUUUAAGGCGGCUUUUGAGGAUCGCUUCUUCUGA